AUGCCGAAAUUUGUCAGUUGUGUCCUGAAUAUAGCGGAUAGUGAGACUCCUGAAAUUGGAAUUUGUGAAGCUCAACUGGACCAUGAAUUGACGUCUCUGGAGGACACAUUACAGACGUUCCACAUCAAAAAAUUGGUACUGAGUGAAGGAUGCGAUAUAUUUACCAAAGAAGAUGUUAGUAUAGGUGAUCUGCAUUUUUACCCCACUGUGUUGGAAAAAGGCCUACCCAUACAGGAUAACGGUGAUGAACUUCAUAAGACCUGUGUUUGGUACGAAUUUUUAAAGCUGAUAACUGCUCAUAAAAUCUACUGUGACAAGUACCAAAUAAAAUACAAGUUCAGUCGAUGGGGGUACCGUUUUAAAUUACUAGAAAGCUCCCAAUUAACAAUGGAGUUGAAACUUGGUACAGUCCGGAAAAAGAUAGCUGAGAUAACGCUGGUCAAAGCUAAUAGUGGAGAGAUGGAUCUUUUUGAUUCAGCGUACACUCUCUAUUUGAGUGUUUGUCUGAGCAACGAUGAGUACACCAACGUUGAAAGUAAAAUAAAGGAAUUAAACAUGGAAAUCGCAGCCAUGAAAGAUGAAAGGGCUCAUCUCGAUAAAAUUUUAGAGGAAAGGGACAAUAAAACCAGAGCCAUGAUGGUGGGGCUGCUCAACAGCAAAAAGAGGAAAAUUCUAGCGUUAGAAAAGAGACUUGACAGAUUUGAACAUGAGCCCAAGGAUUCAGAUGUGAUAAAUAAACAUAUAAUAUCAAAAGUCUCGACGUUGAACUCGCCAGGUAAGCGAAAACGAGUUUCAGGCCCUGCUUUUCAAGAGAGGCCUCGCAAGAAAAAUAAAGUCGAGGGAUCAGAUGAUUUUGAGAGAGGAGUCUCUAAAAGUAUGAAAAUAGAAGACGACUUUGAUAACUUUCAAUUCUACGGCAUUUCAACCCCAAGGAAACUUGAUCUGCAACAAGAUGAGGAGUCAUCAACCCCCCAUGUCAAAAUAAAAGAAGAACCAAGGAAACUUGAUUUUGAUUAUGAAGCAACACCGAAAUUUGAGGAACCGUCUGUUCCUGUCGGUGAUAGUAUUAUAGGAUCGACAAAUCAGCACAAAGAUACAGAAGAGUUUUAUGGUAGUAAUAGUGAUUCAGAGGUGGAAACAGAAUUGUCUACAGAAGAUGUAAGUCUUACACCUUGA